UUAUCCACCCUUAUCCAACACCACAUAGUGCAAGAUGGCCAAUGAGCAAAUGAAGCCUAUUGCCACCCUUCUUUUGUUGCUGAACUUCUGCAUGUAUGUCAUAAUUUUGGGCAUUGGUGGAUGGGCCAUGAAUAGAGCAAUAGAUCAUGGUUUUAUCAUAGGUCCAGGAUUGACACUACCAGCUCAUUUUUCACCCAUAUACUUCCCUAUGGGAAAUGCUGCCACUGGCUUCUUUGUAACAUUUGCUCUGCUUGCUGGAGUAGUUGGUGCUGCAUCAACGAUUUCAGGAUUCAAUCAUAUUCGUUCAUGGACUUCUGAGAGCUUGCCGUCUGCAGCUUCAGUUGCUACCAUUGCUUGGACCCUUACACUCUUGGCCAUGGGCUUUGCAUGCAAAGAGAUUGAGCUUCAAAUCAGAAAUGCACGCUUGAGAACAAUGGAGGCUUUUCUAAUUAUCCUGUCAGCCACACAACUUUUCUACAUUGCUGCUAUUCAUGGUGCUGCUGCAUACAGGAGAUGAACAUGAAACUUGACAAAAGUUCUUUUUGUUGAGCAUGAGGGAAUGAAUUUGUGUGUGCGCGCACGUGCUUUUUUUUUUUGGUGUAUUCUUUUCCUUCGUCUUUAUUCUUUGGUUCAUUUUAUUUUAUAUUUCCUGUUUCUCUAAUCAAGACUUCCAAUUUGCAAGACAUCAAUUAAGAAUUGGCAGAUUGUGUUGGGAUUUGAAAUCAAUGGUUGGAUUUGUACAAACUAUGAAUUAAGAAUAAUAAAUCAUGUUCAAA